CAGCAUGUGCUGCAGUUGGUCAAUGUCCAAACAUUCUUGUAUCUACUUUUGUGAGUGGGCAGCUCAGGAACUGGUUUUCAUUGUGUGGCCUAGGCUAUUUUGGUCCAGUACUUUCUGUGCUGUGCAGCCGAUGUAUCGAAGGUGAAGGAGUAUUAUGCAAUGCACAAUGACUUCACUGCAUGUCCAUAUAAAUUCACCCUUUCGGGGAGUGUCGACAGUGUCAGAGGAUCUUGCUUCCAAUAUGGCGAGGCGGUUGCUCCCAUCUCUGUUCCUGGCCCUCUCAGCUGCUCUGGGCCUCCAGGCAACUCCGACCCUCCUGCAACACCCCGAGGUGAUGAGACUCCAGAAGGGAAUGACGGCAGAGAUGCAAUGCACCAUGAAGAACUACAGUGUAGAGGCCACCACAGUCUACUGGGACCGGCUGGUGCCGGGGGACAAGAGGCGGUGGCUGCUGACUCACUCCGUCUACAACUACAUCACCAAGUCGCACGUCAUCUCUGAUCACAUUCACUCAUCCAGGGAUCUGGCCAGUAACAGCUUCGUCCUGACCAUUGUUGGAGUCCAGCCCAGUGAUGCUGCCAUUUACACAUGCAGUGUGUGGGGCUCGGUUUACGGAGAAGGAACCCAGCUGAUCAUAAGCAAUACAAAUUCUCCGAUCCUCAUCCAAUCCCCGAGGCUGGAGCGUGUCACUGAGGGUCACACAGCACGGCUACGGUGCUCCAUGGAGAACGCUGAAGUGGGAAACACUGACGUCCACUGGUACCGAGAACUACCCGGGCAGGACAUGGAGUGGGUUUUAACACACGAGGCAGGAGGCAGCAUACGAAGGAGACCAGGCUUCACUGAGCGGUUCCAGCCGUUCAAAGACGUCUCAAACAGCAGCUUCAUCCUGACGGUCACAAACGUGAUGCUCAAUGACUCUGCUGUCUAUUACUGCACAGUGUGGGGAGAUAUCAGCGAGAACGGGACCCAGGUCAUUGUGAUCAGCAGGGACAUCGACAGGAAUGUGACUCAAGUGAAGUCAACCAGUGGAGAGAAAUCCAAGGUUGAGUAUGACCUGAAUGAAAUCAAUGAGGUGACAUCUUGGAAUUAUCCAAAUGUGACUGACGAUGAACUGAACAGAAAUGCUUCCAAACAAACUCCAGGCACCGAAGAAGUAGCUUGGACAGGGAAUGAGCAAAACCUAACAAGUGGAAAGAAUUUAGCGAGCGAGGACGAGUUCAGCAGGCCAAUAUUUUGGAUUGUCAAAGAGCUGGAUGGAACUAAUGGAAAGAUAUCCACGAUUGGAAAUGAUAUGAAUGGAGAAGGUGGAGAGAGACCCCGAAGUGGGACUGAGCUGAAGUUAUCCAGCGAUGAAUCAGAAAAAAAUACAACCAAUGGAGGCAUUUCCAGGAGUGAGAAUAUGAUGAUUAAUACUGAUCAAGAUUCAUCCGGGAGUGAGCAAUAUCAAAAUGGUGGCACGUUAUACCCUCAGUUAACCAUUGGGAACAAAUCAGGGGAUCUCUACAAACAAAAUGUGAGCAAUGGUAAGUCGCCCAUUUCUCAGAAUAAUCAAAAUGAGAGCCCUGGCGAUACUGGGCAGAUGGGGAAUGGGACAGAUGGGACCAGUGAAGAGAUAUCCGGAGAUGGGAAUGUGCUAAAUAGAACUGUUGACGAGACAGCCGUGGAAGGGAAUGGGCUUAAUGGAUCUGGUGACAGGACAUCCCGGGAUGGGGACAAGCUUAAUGGAAUGGAUAGAGAGAUGUCCAUGGAUGGGAAUGGGCUUAAUGGGACUAGAAGUGAGAUAUCCGUGAAUGGGAAUAAGCCUAUUGGAGCAGAUGGAGAGAUAUCCAAGAACGGGAACGAGUUCAAUAGAACUGUGGAUGGGAAUGAGGGAACUGGCGGAGAGAUAUCCGGGGAUGGAAAUCAGGUCAAUGAAACUGCUGGAGAGAUAUCCAUGGAUGGGAAUGAGAUAAAUGGAACAGAUGAAGAGAUGUCUGGAGAUGGUCAUGAGUUGAAUCCAUCUACUGGAAAAAUAUCAUGGACUUCAAAGCACUGGAAUAAAAAAAAAGAAUCAGCUGAGAUUAGCAAAAAAAAUUAUCAAGCAAGUGGUUUGAUAUUCGGGAAUAGACUAAGUGAAGUCGCUGACGAGAGAUCUUGGGGUUUGAAUAAUUUGAAUGAAAGUGGGGGAAGAUAUAAUCAAACCAAGCGAGAGAUGAUAAUGAACACCAAUGAGCUGAAUAGAAAGAAUGGAGAGAUACCAAAAAAUGGGAAUGCAUGGAACACAACCAGCUAUGGGAUUUCCAGGGUUGGGAAGAAAGUGAAAAUAAUCAGUUACACAAUAUCCAACAAUGCUUCAAAAGAAAAGGCAAAGCGUGGGAAUAAUCUGAAUGAAAACACAAGGGAAAAAUCGAGGAUUGGGAACAAGGUGAAACCAACAUCAAAGGAAACAUCAAGGAUUGACACUCAUGAAAGUGGAACUGCUGGAAAGGUUUCACAGGUUGCGGCCCAUAUGAGUGAAAAAAGGGGUGAGAUAUCAGAUACUGGGGUGAACUCAGGUGCAUCUAGUGACCAGACUUCAUGGAUUGGGAAUGCAGUGAAUGGAUCCAGUGAUAAGACUCCAUGGAUUGGGAAUGCAGUGAAUGGAUCCAGUGAUAAGACUCCAUGGAUUGGGAAUGCGGUGAAUGGAUCCAGUGAUAAUACUCCAUGGAUUGGGAAUGCGGUGAAUGGAUCCAGUGAUAAGACUCCAUGGAUUGGGAAUGCGGUGAAUGGAUCCAGUGAUAAGACUCCAUGGAUUGGGAAUGCGGUGAAUGGGUCCAGUGAGAAUACCACACAUAUUGGAAAUGUGGUGGAUGGAACCCGUGAUGAGACUCCAUGGAUUGGGAAUGCGAUUAAUGGAUCCAUUGAUGAAACUCCAUUGAUUGGGGACGUGGUGAAUGAAUCUCACGAAGAGAGUCCAUGGAUUGGGAAUGUGAUGAAUGGAUCCCAUGCAGAGACUCCAUGGAUUGGGAAUGUAUUGAAUGUGUGCAAUGAUAGUUCACAGAUUGGGAAUGCGGUGCAUGGAUCCAAUUAUAGUUCACAGAUUGGGAAUGUGGUGAAUGGAUCCCAUGAGGAGACACCGUCGAUUGGGAAUGUGGUGAAAGGAUCCAAUAAUGCGAGUGCGCAUGGAUUGGGGCUGUGGUGCAUGGAUCCAAUGAUAGUGCACACCUUGGGAAUGUGGUGA